AUGGCAUAUAAGGGUGCAAUCUGGGAUACCAGAGGAGCCCACGAUGCACUGGUGGUGUACGACAUCAGCAAACAGGAGAGCUUCAUAAGGUUCCAGAUGUGGCUUAAGGAGCUGGAGAAGCACUGUAUCCCAGGAUCCAUCGUGAUGGUUCUACUAGGGAACAAGGGGGACCUUUCAGAGCUGCGCCAGGAGACAUUACAGGAAGGACAUAGUCUUGCCAUUGACAGAGGCUUGCUUUUUAUGGAGACCUUGGUCAAGUCAGGGAAUCAAGUCAGUGAACUGAUGCUGGCUAUUGGUAUUUCAGGAAAUGGGUUCCUGAAAUUCCCCAACAAGCAGCUGAUUGGUUAAAAACAUUGAUAAUUGGAGAGCUAACACCGCACCCUCGUCAGGACGCAGCUGUCUCCAAUUUAACAACUCCUCCUGAAGCUAUAUAAGCCCCAGUUGCUCAGAAAAGGCAGGAAAAAGGGGAACUAAUUGCUGAGAGGUACAGCAUGUUGGUUAUAUGCUAAGAGUUGGUAUGUACUAUGUUGUUGUUGCUCUGAGAACCAAUUAUAAUGUUUUGUGUUAGUUUGUGGCUCAGAGUUUCUAUAAUGUCCUGAGUUAGUUUUUCUCAGGUUUUUGUUGUG